AUGGCAGGCUAUUCUAUUCGGAGUUACCGUGAUAACGACGCCAUUCCGGUGUUUGUGAAUAAGAUAUUCUCUGACGACUCGCAGCUCCAAUAUGCGUACUUCGAUCUCCCAUUUGUCUGCCCUCCAAGUGGUAAAAAGCAUGGAACCUCCGCCUUUGCUAGCGGGCAUAGUAUCUCGCUCAAUCUCGGAGAAGUCCUUCGAGGCGAUCGUAUCAGAAUUUCCGAUUUUGAAGUAACGAUGGGAAAAGAUGUUUCUUGCCAACUCCUUUGUCAUAAGGAGAUCAAUCGCAACGACGUUAAACGUGCGAGGCAGCUCAUUUCGGAUGGCUAUGUUGUGGAGUGGAUUAUGGACAAUUUACCUGGUGCAACGAGCUUCGUUUCCGUUGAUAGAUCAAAACGGUACUACUCCACGGGAUUCAAACUCGGCUACCAGGAUUUCUCGCCUUCCAGCCGUCAUCCCAGAUAUUUCCUCCAUAACCAUUUCACUUUCGUGAUCCGCUGGCGGAAUGCCCCUGGAAAGGCCGGGGCACAUGGUGGCAAGGUCAUCGUCGGGUUUGAGGUUUACCCCAAAAGCGUCGGGGACGUUGGUAGGUCUGCUGAUGGGUGCCCGAAAGAAAUCCACGCCAAGCAGGAACGCUUGGAGCUGUACAUCGCUCCGAACAAUACUAGACUGGCAGAGAAAUAUCCUGGCUCCUCAUACUUACCCGAAAACGACGACGACGCUGAUGAUGGCGCAUCGAUCACUGUCCCGUAUUCAUAUUCUGUCUAUUUUCGAAAGGAGGAGCAUAUUGGAUGGUCGAACCGAUGGGAUUUAUAUUUCUAUACCCACCAAGAUGGAAAAAUGACGCAUUGGCUUGCGAUCCUGAAUUCUCUGACCAUCUCAGCUGUAUUGGGCUUUAUGGUGCUGGUCAUCUGGGGACGAACACUUGCAGACGGAAAUGGAUCUGUGGAAGAAGGAAAACUGAAAUUAUCCGGGCUGAGAAGCGGAGCUCGAACUCCAAGGACCCCAAGGUUUGACGAAAAGCUACCCGGCGGACUUCUUGAUCAAGGUAUUGAAGAUGACUUGAACGACCGCUUCUCCGACGACGAGCUGGACGAAGUGGCAUCCUGGAAGCGUCUCCACGGUGAUGUCUUCCGUGUUCCUGCAUAUAGCGGACUUUUGGCACCUUUGAUUGGGUCAGGCAUGCAACUCCUUUUCAUGGCAACCGGUCUGCUCGCCUUGAGCUGCAUUGGCGUUCUUAAUCCUAGCUUUCGAGGUGGAUUUGUGAGCGUCGGUAUGGGUUUGUUCGUGUUCGCUGGUAUAUUUUCAGGUUACUUUUCCGGAAGACUGUACAAAACAUUCGGAGGAAGGAAUUGGCGGAAGAAUACCCUCAUUACGGCGCUACUAUUCCCUGGUCUGCUCUUCGCUUUCGUAUUUCUCCUCAACUUGUUUGUCUGGGCUCAAGCAUCUAGUACCGCAAUCCCAUUCGGCACUCUGGUCGGCCUAGUUGCUUUAUGGCUUCUGAUCCAAGUCCCGUUGGUUUACGCCGGUAGCUGGUACGGCUAUGAGAGAGCAACACCCUGGGAGCAUCCCACCCGCACGAAUGCGAUUCCUAGACAAAUUCCGCCACAGUCAUGGUAUUUGAGGACAAUCCAAGGAACGCUUCUAACUGGGCUUCCCGCAUUCGCUGUUCUUUUUGUCGAAUUGCUCUUCGUUUUCCGGAAUCUUAUGCAAGAUAAGAGCGGGUACUACUAUGUUUUUGGCUAUCUGAGCGUCAUCUGCACGGUCCUUCUUGUCACCGUCAGUGAAGUGACAAUCAUCGCCACCUAUGCUCAACUUUGUGCGGAGAAUCACCGGUGGUGGUGGCAGAGCUUUGUUACCGGAGGAAGCAGCGCGCUUUGGAUCUUCAUUUCUUGUGUUUGGUAUUAUUUGACGAAACUCCACGUGCGAGGAUUCGUUUCGAGCCUGCUUUUCUUCGGAUAUAGCUUCCUUGGCUGCGCUGUCUAUGGUUUGCUCAUGGGAACCGUGGGGUUCCUGACAGCGUAUACUUUUAUUCGCCGUAUAUAUAGGGUUUACGUUCGACCUUCAUUUCUCAACCGACAACCGCCAACUUUUUCGCCCAAAGAUCACCUGGCGCCAAUAUGA